CUCAAUUUUCAAUCAGUCGUUCGGAAUUCGCGAAACUAUGCGGUCGGCGUACGAAGAUAGCGCUGCCGUGUCUACGGAUAGCAGCAAAUACCACACCAGCUAUAGCUAUAAUAACCAAACGAAUAGUAAUAACAAUAAUUAUCAUAAAAAUUAUAAUGGCAACAACAACGGUAAUGGCAUACCCUAUCACGCGCGCGAAAACUCAUUGCCCUUUAGCUAUGGCAAUGCCAAAGCAGCGACGCCGCUGCGCAAAACGCCAACUCCGACGCGCGCCGAUAGUUUUCUCGACUUCGAUUUUGGAUUGAGCAGCAAGAGCAACGGCAGCACCAAUAAUAAUAAUAAUAACAAUAAUAACUAUAAUAGCAGUAGCAGUACGGGCAGUGAUAUGAUAAAGCCGCAGCCACGUCUAACCAGCCCUCUGCUGGUGCGCAAAACACUCGGCGGCAGCCGUUCAAACACAAAUGGCAAUACGAAUGGUUCGAAUACAAAUACCGUCAUAUCGAAUACCUAUCAUUACGGGUCGGCGACGGGUCUGGAACGUGAAUUGGAACGUGCUACGGCACGUGUGCCGCCCACGCCGCCACAGCGCCGACAAAGCAACGGCCUCAGCCACAACAAGUACAAUUAUGAUUUUGAAUUCAAUCUGAACCUGAACGAUAUCAACGAUCGCAGUUCGCUGCCGGCGCCAGCGCCAGCCCCAGCCCCAGCGCCCUAUACGACACGGAACAUAGAGUUCAGACAGGAUAUGGAUGUACCGGAUGGUGCGAUUCGUGGCACUAGUCGGCGCUUGGAGUCCACACUUGUGGAACGCAAUUAUCACACAAUUAACAACAGCAGCCGCAGCAUCAGCAGAGGCAACAACUACAACAAUUACCACAGCUUGGAACGACCUCCAAUGGAAGUGACAUACAAACAGCUCGCAGAGCCACAGUUGGAGCAGCAGGCGAGCAUUUAUGGCCAGAACCAGCUGCAUCUGGAGACGCACACGCGCAGCCGUCGCGAUUUGUCACCCAUUUAUGCCAUCAGCACGAAACGCAACGCAGCUACCGCUGCAGCUGCUCCAAAUAGCAAUAGCCAUCAGGUACAGAUACAGCAGCAGCAGCAGCAGGCGGAUUACCUGCUGACACCCAGCCCCACUAGCCGGCCAGAGACGCCCGCUUUUCCGGUCACGCCACGCACGCCGUUCGGCAGCAGCAGCUUGCAGCGCGCCUCCCCCACCACCGAGUCCAUAUACCAGACAAUGGCAACCAAUCGGCAGCGCCUCAAUUCAGCGCCCUCGCCCACCUUUGAGGUGGCACCGGAUCUGGUGAAAUUUGCCCGCAACUCGGCCAAGUUCUGGUACAAGCCGAUGCUCUCCCGGGAGGAUGCCAUAGCGCUGCUGAUGAAUGCACCACCGGGCACUUUCCUGGUCCGUGACUCCACCACCUAUGCGAAUGCCUACGGACUGGUGCUGCGCGUCGCUCAGCCGCCGGCGGGAAGCCAGGARCUGGUGCGUCAUUUUCUCAUUGAGCCGACGCAACGUGGCGUCCAUCUGAAGGGCUGCGACAACGAGCCCACCUUCACCUCGCUCUCGGCCCUGAUCUAUGAGCAUUCCAUAAAUAAGCUGGCGCUGCCUUGCCUGCUGCGCAUACCCGAUGAGGAUGUGGUACCCGGUUUGGCGUCCACCACGCCGGCCCAACAGCAUCUGCUCACCCAUGGUGCGGCUACGAAUGUGCUGUGGCUCUACAGCUGCGACACGGAGUCGCUGACUGGCAACGAGGCCAUACGCAAGGCCAUUCGGCAGAUGUACGCCCAGAAGGAGCUGCCCACGCCCACUGAGGUACACUUCAAGGUCACCGGACAGGGCAUCACCCUGACGGACAACACGCGCAAGAAGUUCUUCCGCAAGCACUACACAGCCGACKUCAUCUCCCACUGUGCCAUCGACCCGGAUAACCGCACGUGGAACUACAAUGGCAACGAGGCCGACAAGAAGACCAUCUUCGCCUUUGUCGCCCGGCGAUCGCACAGCUCCAAGGAUAAUCAGUGCCAUGUCUUCUGCGAGCUGUCCGUGGCGCAGCCCGCAGCGGCGAUUGUCUCCUUUGCCAACCGCACGCUGCCCGUCGAGAAGCAGCGCAACUACGUGCUUUGAGGAGCGGCCGGACAUGGAAAUGGGCCACCAGCCGAAGGCACAGUAGGUGAGUAACCAGCGACCUGAUGGAGGGUCAUAA